AUGCAGUUGCACAUCCGAGGACAGUCCACGCGCGUUCUUGACGUCGACGGACAGGAAUCCAUUGGCCAAAUUAAGGAACGCCUUUGUGCCCUUUCUGACAUCGGUGACGAUGAGUUAACGUUGUCAGUAUCCGGAGCGCCUCUUGAUGAUGACCUGCUGGUCUCUGAGCUAGCAGCAUUAGAUUUAGACCUCACUGUGCCACUACUCGGUGGUAAAGUGCACGGCUCUCUGGCUCGUGCUGGUAAGGUCAGGGGACAAACGCCGAAGGUUGAAAAGCAGGAAAAGAAGAAGAAGAAGACUGGCCGCGCCAAGCGUAGGCAACAGUACAACAGACGAAUUCUGAAUGUUGUCAUGGUCAACGGCCGUCCUCGUGGACCCAACUGUAACUCUUAGAAUUUUGUAUACUAAUUAAUAUUGAUGUAAAAUGUAAAUAUAUAAAUAUAACAUGUCUUUAACCAAA